ACACACAAACAGACACAGACAGACAGACACACACAGACACACACACACACGCACGGACUGGCAGAGACACACGAGGCGUGGCCAGGCUUGCCCGGCCCCUGCGUGUGGCCUUCAACCCAUAAAGACCGCCGCGUCUCAAGGCCGCGUCUCAUUCGCGGUCUGAAGCACGGGGAACCCCGCGCGCGAGCCUGGGUCAGUGUGCAAACCUUGACGGAGAAGUGAAAUCCUCUCUCGACCUUCCUCCCUGACAUCAACCGGGACGCGCACCUCCAGCACUGCAAUCAUCAUCAUCAGCAGCAUCAUCAUCGGCAGCGUCAUUAGCAGCAGCGUCAUUAGCAGCAACAGCAGCAUCAUAAUCAGCAGCAUCAGCAACGACAUCAUCAUAAUCAGCAGCAGCAUCAUCACUUCCACCUUGCCCCCGCUUCGGGGAGUUGUCACCACCAUGAAGUCGACCACGAACUCCUGGAUCUGCUCUUCCUCGAACUCCACCACCACCAUCAUCAUCAUCACCUUGAUCUUCUGCUACCUCCUGUGCGCUUCCCACGCCGCGAGGCUCCAUCAUCACCAUCACCACCAUCAGCACCAUCAACAUCAGCACCAUCAACAUCAGCACCAUCAACAUCACCACCAGCAGCAGCAGCAUCAUCAUCACGAGCCGGGGCUGCAGGAGCGCGACUCCAGGACCACCCAGGAGGAGACGGAGCCGUCUCACGCGCCCCUCCGUCAUCUCUCCGGGGAGGUGGAAGCGAUCAAGAGGGAGAUCCUGGAGCGGCUGGGGCUGGAGGAGCCCCCGAUGGUGCCCGACGCGUCCCGCGGGGGGCCUCUCCAGGCGAGGCUGGAGCAGGAGCAGCAGGAGGAGGAGGCGUGGGCACGGUACCGAGAGAUGGUCGCGAGGCGAGCCGGCUCCGGGUCUGGAGUCACCGGGGGAGGAGGAGGAGGGGACCCGGAGUCGAACCCAACCACCUUCACCUUGACGGCUCACACAGGCUCCCCGGUGAUGACAUCAUCAUCAUCAUCACCGCCCCGCUCCCUGCGCCUCCACUUCUCUCUGGAGGAAGUUCUCGCGGCCUGUUCUCGACAUCGCCUGCGCGUAAUGUCAGCUCACCUCGCCCUGACCUCCACCUUGACCCAAGCACUGGCCCCGGCCUCCACGCUGACCCUGAUCCACGCGAGCGGAGACGCCUCGACCACGGCGCCUUCCACCGGGUCGCCCGACUCGGAGCCCCGGGCGAGGCUAUCCCUGGGCGUCCGACUCCAGCGCGGGGUUCGAUCCCGGCACCAGGCGUCUGUGGACGUGAGCGUCGCCCUGCGGGGUGUCAUCGAGAAGUGGCUGGGGGACAGCAGCAGCAGCAGCACCGACAACAGCAGCAGCAGCAGCAAUAGGAGCAGUGAAAUCAACAUCAGCAACAGCAGCGGCAGCAGCGAUAUCAUCAGCGGCAACAUCAACACUACCAGCACGCUAGCAGUGGACAUCUCCCUGCCGUCUUCCCCGACCGCCGGCGAGACGUCGCCGAAGUCGUGGGCCUCGGGCGUCGUCCUGCGCGUGACGCUGCGAGCCCGGGGCCCCCGGCGCUCGACGGCGCGCCGGAGGAGCCGACGCGACGCGUCGCCGGAGGACUGCGCCGACUCGGAGCAGAAGAAGUGCUGCCGCUCGCCCAUGCGCGUCUCCUUCGCCGACAUCGGCUGGGACGACUGGGUGAAGGCGCCCGCCGAGUACGCCGCCUACGCGUGCCAGGGCGCGUGCCCGCACAGGUACAAGGCGGCCAACAGGUACGCGUUGCUGCUCGCCAAGAUGCAUCGGCUCACGGGCGGGGCGGUGGCCGGGCCGUGCUGCGUACCCGCAGCCCUGGAGCCGCUCGUCCUCCUGCACUACGACAGCGACGGCAAGCUGGCCGUGUCCGCCGUCGAGGACAUGAUCGUGAGCAAGUGCCACUGUCAGUAGACAGCGCGUGGUGGCGGUGGCGGUUAGUGGCGGUUAGUGGCGGUGCCCUGCCCACACAGCCGGGGGACACGAGGCGGCCGGUGGAGAUGCCGCAAGCGACGGGGCCGUUCUGGUCGCUGGUCAAGGAGGGCGUUGCCCUCGGCGCGAGGUCCUCAACCGCGGGGAGGUCGAGGAGGUUGGUGGAGGUCGGGAGGGAGGGGGAGGGGGGUCCAAUGGAGAUGCCGCAGGAGGUGAGACACUGGGUCGUCCGCCGGGGAAACAAUUGCGACGAGACGUCACUGCCAGGAGAUGAGGAGCUGCGUCCAGCGAGGACGUGACCCUGACGAGGUGUCACCCCCGGGAGGCGACGCUGGAGAUGCGGCGACCCGAGGACAUUACAGUGACAGCGGUGGAUAUCACGUGGACAUACUGAUCCCCGUCAUGUGAUCGUGCAAUUUCCAAUCACUGGCUGCAGCAUGCCAAUGAACACGGGCAUAAAGAAUAUUUGGGGUGUUUUUGUUUUUAUACGGUGGGUUUUCUAAUUCUGGGUUGCAUCUCAACGUUUAAUACUUCAUCCAUCAUCAUCAUCAUCAUCCUGGGAAAGGGGUGGGGUUUGGGAAUUAUUUUCUGGAGCUCAGCCCCAGGCACUUCCGGCAGAUAUGAAUCCCUGAUUGAUGAUGAUGAAGAUGCUGAUGAUGAUGACUGAGUAAUUGUUCCAGAACAAGAAGGAAUUCUCAGAACCACGGUCGCAAGCUAUGGUUUGGACGCGUAACGGUUAUCGUAUUGAGAUUUAAUUUAUUUGUAUUUAUUUGUGUUUAGAGCCAUUGUGUUUGUUUGGUUAUUUAUUUGCCGCGAUGUUAGUGACGCGGGGAGAGUUGUGGGCAUGAGGCGAGCGGCUGAGUCCGGAUGAUUUGACGGGGUGCACAACUUGCAAAU